GUAUAUAUUUCUUUCUUUUGAAAACAUACAAUGGAGCUAAGGGUGUGUGGAUGUACCUAGCUAGUUAGCCAACUAUGUGGUUCAUACUGUGCCAACAGCGCCUCUGGUGGUAGCAGCCAAGCAGUGCACUCCUUUAUGCCCCCCCACGGCUCCCCGGCCUUUGCACGCGCCACAGCUUAUCUGUUUUUUCCUGGUCGUGCGCUACGACGGGAUGCUCGUCCCGACCUGCACCGUUGACUCACGCGAGCGACGCCGCUGGUCCGAUUUGUUGCGUUGCAAGUCCAACCUGCUUUGAAGCCUGUAAGGGAAGGAUACCUUGGCUGUCUGCACAACCAGGAAGAGGAAAUGCCCACUUGGUCCAAUGCUAACGUCCUAAAAGUGAAUCGCUAAAUGAGUCAUGAGUGUGACUAAGUUGUCCGAUGUGUGCCUGGCAUGCGCCAACAUGUUGACUUUGCCCGUUAGCGCAGCGCCUGCGGCCGUGAUGUAACCCACAGGGCGGGGCCGCUGAGGGCGAAAUAGCUAACAUGCUAAACCGCAAUUGUGGUUUUUCAGCGAGGAUGGCGUGCGUAAAGAGCCACAGCGCCCCCACAAAACAAGCUUUUCUACAAGCGCCCUCUGCUGGCAACAUCGUUUGUUCCGUUGUCGCCGUCAUGCUAAUUCUUGCUAAACUGAUUUGCCGUCAUCUCUUGUGACAAUGCUUGAAACGCCGAUGUUUCAAACGCGACAUUUCCACGACACAAAAAGGAAAAUGGCUAGCUUACUGUGCUAUGCUAGGCUAGUUCCUGCAGCAUGAGCAAUGGAGUGACAGGAACAACAUGGCGCCGUCGUCAGUGGGGAAAACAGAUCAACACGAAAGCAACAUCUUAAAAGGCUCCAUCUCGUUUGACUCGUGGCGCUCAUUAGCCGUGGCGAUAGAACACCACGAGGAUCUCUGGAGUGGAAACAAAUGGACGUCCGUGCGGCGCUCCUGGGGGAGGAUUACAGAUGCUCUUAAAAAGGAAACACAGAGAAGGGAAAAUCCUGCUAGCAUGGCAGUCACGCCACAACACGACACCAUACAUCUUAUCUCGACAUUUCAACAAGAGGCCGCACGUGUUGUCACACGUCCGCAACUUCCUCUUUGUCUCGGCAAACACAGCGUCACCUGACACCGGUGUCCCCGAACGCAGCACGUUCACCAGCAAUGAAGUAGCGCGACUGCGCUAGUGGGUUAGUGUGGCCUUGAUUAGCAUGCUAGCGUCCCUAAGAAGCUGAGCACACAGAUUGACCCAGUUAACCCGAAUCCUCACUGACCUCCAUUUCCCAGCCCCCUUCCCUUAGCACACAUUAACUAGCAGUGCCGUUGCCCCCCGCCCCCCCCCUCCAUAUGCUGGCCCCUGCUCUGGAGGCUAUCACCGCCCCGGACACCAAAGGAGGGGGGCACUUCUAACUACAACGUCCUAAUUGUUCACAAAAGUGUGGAAAAAGACUUAUUUUUGUGUUUGACUGGUACCUUUUAUCCAGAUCCUCACCAGAUGUUAUGAAUGUUAAUCUUCAUCAUUCUUAUGAAUAUAAACUACACACACAUGAGGAAGUUGCUGAUCGCAGCGUUAGCAGCACUUAGCCUAGCUUGUGUGCUACUGUUUACUGUUGAUAAAAUGGCCGUGUGAUGUUGCGAUGUCGUGGAUUCGAACUGAUCAGUAGUUGACUACAAAAGCGCAUUCACCUUGUAGCUAGCUAGCUAGCACAAGCGGCGUUUGCCGUGUCUUAAUAAAGUACAGCUAGAAUGCUACAAGCUAACUAGCUUCCUUGAUUAUGUGGCAUUAAACAUGGCAUAUGAGCCUUCAGCGAGCUAAUCAGGGAUGUUAGCUCAUCAAUAGCUUGUAACUUAGCACCAUUAUCCUGCUGCUUGUUGUUUUUUUUUUUUUAGAAUUUCAGUGUUUAUUUGUUGGCUAACACCUUGUCUAAAAGAUUGAAGUUUCACAAGAGGAUCCUACAAGCUAACUAAGCUAACUAGCUAGCUUUUUUGGGGUUUGAUGUGGUAAAGAGCUAGCAUGACGAGCGAGUGAAGCGUUGGCAGUGCUGAUCCAAAAUCAGCCACAGAGGACAGAUGCUAAUGCUUGUUUUUUUUUUUAGAAUUUCAGUGUUUAUUUGUUGGCUAACACCUUGUCUAAAAGAUUGAAGUUUCACAAGAGAAUGCUACAAGCUAACUAAGCUAACUAACUAGCUUUGUUAGGGUUUGAUGUGGUCCCAAAAAGAGCUAGCAUGACGAGCCAUGACAUUUGGCUGGAAGACUUUGUCAAAGGAGCAAUGAGAGAAAAGGCAGCCGUCGAAAGUGAAGCGUUGCCAGUGCUGAUCCAAAAUCAGCCACAGAGGACAGAUGCUAAUCAGCCUACCGUGACCAUUGAUUGCUUGUUUACGUCUCCUUCCUAGCCCCCCCCCCCCCCCCCCCCAGGGGUGCCUCCACAUCGCCACGGGUGACAGAUUAGCCUCCCCCAUUGUCAUCACAAGGACUCGACCCAAUGCACACAAAGCACACCUAGGCUAAGACGCACUCUUUCACGCCUCAGCGGGCAGCUUUGGGGGCGCUUAGCGUGCUUUGGAGUAGCUUUUCCACGAGGCCUUUUGUGCCUCAAAUGAAGGCCGCAUUGCCAGCGAUGGCCGACAUUAAACACCAGCGAGGGUCCAUGGCGCUGGCUGUCCCCCCCUCACCUCUGUUAGUAAUGCAGAUAUUAAUCAACGAUUUGAGAGGUGCAUCGGGGAAGGGAGUAGGAAGGAGUUAAGUCGUGUUGCCAUGCGGUGCACCCCAGCUGUAUUAUGCAAGCCGACCCACAGAGGAAGUGCAUGACAGAACGCUGAGCUCAGCGCUUUGGCUCGCCGCCAAGACAACCCUCCUGACGCGGCGCUCAGCUGAGAGUAUUCACCCUUUUUUUUUUGCCUGUUUUUCUUCCUCCUCCAAGCUCGUUGCAUCAACAGUUCAGCUGCAGGCCAGAAGUGACGGGGGGGGGGCGACACAGGGUUGAUAGACAGGAAGUGUGUUGAUCGACAGGAAGUAGACACAACACAUGAUGUUCCCCUUUGCUCUUACCCUCCUUUCUAUUGAAGCUAGGCUACAAAGUUGUGGUGCUAUCCCGCUACAUGAAUACUAGAUGGAUGUCAAAAUUCCUAACCAACCAAAACACAGAUUGGUAUCACCCGUCCAUCAUCUGUUCUCCCCCCCAGCAACACCCGUCCAUCUUCUACCGCUUAUCUGAUACCCAAAGAUCAUGAACAUAGGCUUCCACCUCAGCGGCACAGUUCGUGAGCCCGCCACGUCCUCUGAGCCCGAGGCGCUGUGCAACGUGAGCAUCAGCUUCGACCGCUGCAAGAUCACGGCCGUGACUUGCGGCUGCGGCAACAAGGACAUCUUCUACUGCGCCCACGUGGUGGCGCUCUCCCUCUACCGCGUGCGCAGCCCCGAGCUGGUCAAACUGCGCCUUCCCAUCUCGGAGACGCUCUUCCAGAUGAACCGGGACCAGCUGCAGAAGUUUGUUCAGUACCUGAUCACCGUGCACCACACGGAGGUGCUGCCCACCGCGCAGAAGCUGGCCGACGAGAUCCUGUUGCAGAACUCUGAGAUCAACCAAGUCCACGGUGCUCCCGAUCCGACGGCUGGCGCCAGCGUGGACGACGAGAACUGCUGGCAUCUGGACGAGGAGCAAGUCCAGGAGCAGGUCAAGCUCUUCCUUUCCCAGGGGGGCUACCACGGGUCAGGGAAGCAGCUCAACCUCCUCUUCAGCAAGGUGAGGGAGAUGCUGAAGAUGAGGGACUCCAACGGUGCCCGCAUGUUGACGCUGAUCACAGAGCAGUUCAUGGGGGACCCCAGACUGGCGCUGUGGAGACAACAGGGGAGCACCAUGACCGACAAGUACAGGCAGCUGUGGGAUGAACUGGGGGCGCUGUGGAUGUGCAUCGUCCUCAACCCCCACUGCAAGGCCGACCAGAAGGCGACGUGGCUGCGGCAGCUUCGCCGCUGGAACGGCGUGGACGUGUGUCCGCCGGAGGACGGUAACCACGGCAGCGGCGAGCCCACCCACCUGACCAAUGCUCUGCCCCACGGCCCCGCUGGCAACCGCGAUCCACCCCCCCACCGCACCGUGUUCACACGAGCCAUCGAGGCCUGCGACCUCCACUGGCAGGACCCCCACCUGCAGCACAUCCUCACCGAGGACCCCCAUGCCGACCGCUGUGACCACAACGACCUGAACGCCGCCCUCUUCGACAGCCAGGGGUGGCCUCUGUGGCACGAGCACGUCCCCACAGCGUGCGCACGGGUAGACGCGCUGAGGUCGCAUGGGUACCCCAAGGAGGCGCUCCGGCUGGCUGUGGCCAUCGUCAACACGCUGAGGCGGCAGCAGCAGAAACAACUGGAGGUUUUUCGCAGUCAUAAAAAAGAGGUUCUCCACAAGGGCAUGACAUCUGUAACCAACCUGGAAGGCUGGGUGGGACACCCCCUGGACCCCAUUGGCACUCUAUUCAGCACCCUUUUGGAGACGGGGCGGAGCAGUGAGGACGGCGCCGUUGUCUCGCUCAACUUCUCAGGGCCUCCAGCCAAGGGCCGGCGGGCAGAGCACACGGCCCACCGCUUGCUAGAGCAGGGUGAGACACUGACGGCGCUGGCGGUGGAGACGGCACUGAUGGGGCUGGGGCAGCAAAGGGUGAUGCCCGACGGCCUCUACGCGCAGGAGAAGGUGUGUCGCAACGAAGAGCAGCUGCUGGCCAAACUGCAACAGGUGGAGCUGGACGACACGCUGGUCAGAGUCUUCCGGAAGCAAGCCCUGGUCCUGCUGGAGGCUGGUCCCUACAGCGGCCUGGGCGAGUUGCUCUACAGGGAGAGCGUCCCCAUGCACACCUUCGCCAAGUAUCUCUUCACCUCGCUGCUACCUCAUGACGCCGAGCUGGCUUACAAGAUUGCACUAAGGGCCAUGAGGCUGCCCGUCCUGGAGUCCGGCGUGGCAUCCGGCGACCUGUCCCGCUCGCACCACAUGGUGUCUGUAGUGGCCAAUCGCUACCCUCGCUGGUUCACGCUAAGCCACAUCGAGUCCCAGCAAUGUGAACUGGCCUCCACCAUGCUGACAGCCGCCAAAGGCGACUCUCGCAAGCUGCAAACUGUGCUGGAGUCCAUCCAGAAGAACAUCUACUCCUCGUCCCACAUCUUCAAACUGGCACAGGAUGCCUUCAAAAUCGCCACCAUGAUGGAUAGUCUGCCCGACCUCACGCUGCUCAAAGUGUCGCUGGAGCUGGGCCUCCAGGUGAUGAGAAUGACGCUGUCCACCCUCAACUGGCGGAGAAGAGAGAUGGUGCGAUGGCUGGUCACGUGUGCCACCGAAGUUGGCGUGUUUGCGUUGGACAGCAUCAUGCAAAGUUGGUUCACCCUCUUCACGCCCACCGAGGCCACCAGUGUGGUGGCGAGCACCGUCAUGUCCAACGCCACCAUCGUGCGCCUCCACCUGGACUCGCACCAGCAGGAGAACCUGGCCAACUCGGCGCGCACGCUGGCGCUGCAGUGCACCAUGAAGGACCCGCAGAACUGCGCCCUGUCGGCGCUGACGCUCUGCGAGAAGGAUCACAUCGCCUUCGAGACGGCCUACCAGAUCGUGCUGGACGCCGCCGCCACGGGGAUGAACUACACGCAGUUGUUCACCAUCGCACGCUACAUGGAGCACCGCGGCUACCCCAUGAGGUCGUACAAGCUGGCGACGUUGGCCAUGACUCACCUGAACCUCAGCUACAACCAGGAUACGCACCCCGCCAUCAACGACGUCCUGUGGGCGUGCGCCCUCAGCCACUCCCUGGGCAAGAACGAGCUGGCCGCCGUCAUCCCCCUGGUGGUGAAGAGCGUCAAGUGCGCCACCGUGCUGUCGGAUAUCCUGCGCCGGUGCACGCUGACCACGCCCGGGGUGGUGGCGCCGCAUAGCCGCAGGAACUCCGGCAAGAUGAUGUCGCUGGACAAGGCGCCGCUCCGACAGCUGCUAGACGCCACCAUCGGCGCCUACAUCAACACCACGCACUCACGACUCACGCACAUCAGCCCGCGCCAUUACGGAGAGUUCAUCGAGUUCCUCAGCAAGGCGCGGGAGACCUUCCUCAUGGCGCACGACGGGCAUGUGCAGUUCACGCAGUUCAUCGACAACCUCAAGCAGAUCUACAAGGGCAAAAAGAAACUCAUGAUGCUCGUGCGGGAACGAUUCGGCUGACGCCAAAACUCUUUUUACUUGAGCUAGAUCCGCUAACUUGAAGAGAAAACCCAAAGUCUUACUCCACUCCACAUUUCACGCCAGCGAGCCAGGACGUGGCGCUUCGGGGACCCUAACGGCUGCCUUCACACUUGUCAUGUUUGCUUGGCCUGAAAGGAAGCAGCGUGCUUCGCUGUGUCACGUGGGAUGCCCUUAUCGCCGCAUGGACACGUCUUAAACAAAUACGGAAGAGGAAACCGACGCUCUUCAUGAAUCUGUUUUAGAAGCUUUUUGACAAAUGUAAUUUAGUAAAAAAUAGCAAAUACAUGGUAUAUCACCUUCUUUGGUUCCUUUGGCCCCGUGGGGGGUUAUUUAGCAGUCACUUGGGCAAACAAAAAGUCACAUGACAAGAAGGUUUGGCUGUAAAAAAUAGUCAGCAAAGGAAAUAUUGGAGUUGCAUCAACAAGUCCAGCCUUGGGCCAUAUAUAUGAUACAAAAUAUUGAAAAUAGCUGAGUCAAAUAUGGUUCCUUUUGGGUCCACACCAGAGUACCAAGCACAAGUGUGAACGCAGCCUGAAAGGAAAAGUGCACUUUUUGGGAAAGUCCAUCAUCAUUCGCAAUCCUUAUGUGAGACAUGAACAUACAUUCUCUGCCUUCUAGAGAUAG